AUGCUCAACUUGCCCUACAUAGGCUGCGGAGUCCUUGCGUCCGCCAUUUGUAUGGACAAGGUCAUAUUUCGAGAUAUAGCAAAGGCACGCGAUUUACCACAGGUCAAGUACCUGUCCUUUCGGAGGAGCGAUUUCAACAAAGACAAGCAACACUUCUGUGACAAGGUCAAAUUGGAGCUCGCGUCUCCUUGGAUUGUCAAACCCUCCGCUCUUGGUUCAUCCAUAGGUGUAGCGAAGGUGGAGGAAGCUGAUGGUGAUGCUCGUCUCAAAGAAACUUUCCAUCAGGCCUUCCAGUACGGCGCAGAGCUUUUAGUAGAAGAGUGCGUGCCAAACCUGUGUGAGCUUGAGGUUGCAGUUGUUGGAAAUGAGACGUCGCGAGCUAGUGUUCUUGGCAGGAUCGUGUACGAGGCGUACACACAGGAUCACGAAACAAAGUAUGGGGAUACCACUUUGCAAAUUCCUGCUGACGUGCCUGUCCACAUAGCUGAGAGGUGUCGUUCCGUGGCUCUGAAGGCGUAUCGAUGUUAUGGGUGCACUGGUCUCGCGAGGGUCGAUUUCUUCUAUGACUCUGUUCAACAACACAUCGUGUUGAACGAGAUCAACACCUUGCCUGGUUUCACGGAUGUAUCGAUGUUCCCACGACUUUGGGAAUAUGAAGGUCGCCUACGAGUACCUCGACCGGAGGAACAGAAAGAACGCAAAGUCAACUCGGCUUCGCCACAGACCCCUUCGCAGACUCAUCAGCCACUAUGUCCGCUCUCCCAACCUUACUCGGCCUGCCAGUCGAACUUUGACUUCGCAUCUACGACUUUAUCUCUGUCGAUAGUUAUGUGCAUGUAG